AUGGACCAGGGUGGGAAAUAUCCUUCGUGGUUUUCGGCCUCCGACAGGAAGCUGUUGGCGAAGGUUGACAACGGGAACAUCCAGCCCAACGCGACGGUGGCCAAGGAUGGGAGCGGACAGUUCAGCACGAUCGCGGCGGCACUUGCGGCUUACCCCAAGGGGAACCAAGGGAGGUACGUGAUCUACGUGAAGGCCGGGGUGUAUGACGGGUACAUCACGGUGGACAAGCACCAAGUGAAUGUGUUCAUGUACGGAGACGGAUCGAGGAAGACCCUUGUGACCGGUCACAAGAACAAUCGUGCUGGCUAUUCCACAUGGCAAAGCGCCACCUUUUCUGCCAUUGGAACCGGAUUCCUUUGCAAGAAGACGGGAUUCCAGAACACGGCGGGCUACGAGGGCGGGCAGGCUGUGGGGCUGUGCGUCCAGUCCGACAUGUCCGCCUUCUUCAGCUGCCGCAUGGACGGGUACCAAGACACCCUCUAUGUCCAGGUCCACCGCCAGUUCUACCGCAACUGCGUCAUCUCCGGCACCGUCGACUUCAUCUUCGGCGACUCGUCAACCGUCAUCCAGAACUCCCUCAUCAUCGCCUGCAAGCCCGGCCCCGGCCAGGCCAACACCAUCACCGCCCACGGCCGUGACGUACGGUUCGAGACCUCGGGGCUCGUCAUCCACAACUGCAGGAUCGUCCCUGAGAAGAAGCUCUUCCCCGAGCGGUUCGCCAUCAAGACGUACCUCGGCCGCCCCUGGAGGCCGUAUGCCCAGACCGUGUUCAUGGAGUCGACCCUCGGUGACUUCAUCCAGCCAGCUGGGUACCAAUCGUGGGGCCACGACGACACGUGCAACUACUUCGAGUACGGCAACUGCGGGCUCGGGGCCCGGACCGACGGCAGGGUCAAGUGGAAGAAUGUCAGGGUCAUCAGCAGGAAGGAGGCUCUGGCUUUCACCGCCGGUCCGUUCCUUUCGGGAGAUCUGUGGUUGAACGCCACUGGCUUCCCUUUCUUGCUCGGGUUGAGGCACUAG